UGGUGAGCUUUAUCUCCAGAAACACCCAAAGCUUAAGAUUAGAAUUGUAGAUGGAUGCAGCUUAGCUGUUGCUGUUAUACUUCAUAGCAUCCCCCAAGGAACAAAGCAAGUGUUGCUAAUAGGAAACCUCUCUAAAGUUUCUUGUGCAGUUUCCAAAUAUUUAUGCCAAAGAGGCAUUCAGGUAGCUGUGGCAUGCAAGAAUUAUUUUGAUAAGCUGAAGUUACAACUCCCUACAGAGUUGUGGAGUAACUUGAUCCUCUCUACUAGUCACAAGCACAAGGUGAAAGGUAGGGGUGUCAAUAUCCAAACCGGACCGGACCGAACCGAUUAAGCCCGAUCCAAACCGAACCGGUGGCUUAUUGGGCCGGUUUCGGUUUGUAUAUUAAAUUGAAUCCGGUCUCGGUUCGGUUCGGGUUAGCCCGUUGGGCCACCGAAAGCGCCGGAAAUAUGCACCGAAACCGGAACCGAUCCAAACCGACCCGAGCCCACCGUUUAACCCCUAAAUACAAAAUUGCAAAUUCGACAUUUUAACCUCAAAACACUUCAACCUUUCAAAACCUGAAAACCCUAAUUUUUCAAAGAGCGAGUGAGCAGCAGGCAGCCCAGGUUGGUGACGCCGUGACGCCGUGAGCGAGUGAGCAGCAGGCAGCAGCGGCCAACAGCCAGCGGACCAGCGGUUAUGGCCAUGGGCCCUAGCGCCGGAGUUGGCGAACGUAAUAGCGACGGCGGCAAGCGAUGUGUACAGAGUACAGUUAUGGCCUUAUGGGGUGUUUGUGCUGGAGGUGGCGUGCGGCCGGAGACCCAUUGAAAAGUCGUCUGAUGACAAGCCGCUGCUGAUCGAUUGGCCUAUUGGGUGAAACCGUGAAAGAGAUUUAUGCGAAACAGCGAAAGGGAGGCUCAUCGAAGCGGACGAAGCCCCUGACUCGAGGAUUGCAGGGGAGUACAAGCCUACAAGGUGGAAGACACGGAGGCGGUGCUUAAGAUUGGGUUGGCUUGCUGCCAUCCUGACCCUAACGAAAACGCAUUUGUCUAGUUUCCGCAAAUCUUAUUUGAAGACAUCCUUUGUUACAGUCCAAAAACUGAUGCAUGUGAAGAAUGAUGCUAGAUGAUGUUGAAAGAAACCAGGCAAAGAUUGAUGCUAUAGAGUAUAGAGGCAUAUGAAUCUAUAUUAAGCUGCAAAAGGUAAUUGUUUGCUGUCCAAGGUCAUGGUAUUAGUUGCAACUUGCAAGUAGUUGAUUGUCUUCUAGUUCUUCCAUUGGUGGAGUGCGGUUCUUUUUCACCGAAUUGCUAUUAAUUAUUUAAUUGCCCAUGUUGACUUUAAGUCUUAUUUUGAAUAGCAUAAUCUGUAGGAUUUUCUCUGUUCAAGGGUGUUCCAAUAAUACUUUCUACCUGGUUUUUGAUGGUCCAUAUGCUUGUAGCCUUGUACCAUGGCUUCAGCAAGCAAUGACCUCGGGACUUCAUAGACUUGCAUCGUUGAUCUCCCCGAUUUGAGACCCCUGCAACCUUCAAGUUCUCUCUCUACAAAUUUCAGCUCUUUCUCUGGUACUCCAGCCUCCAGGACCCAGGUAUAUCCUUUCAGUCAAUUUUAUCCUUCCAUAUUUUAUUUUUGAAUCUUAUUUAUGUUUUUUCAACUUCUUCAAAUAUGAGUGUUUGAAUCAAAUUUCAGCAUGCAAUAGUGUAUUAUAUAGGGCUAAUUUAAAGAGGUCAUUUUUGAAUUUGUAAUGCUUGGUAUUCUUAUUUUAUUAAUAUCUUAUUUAUGUUUUCUUAUUAAUUAUAGAAAUGCCCAUCAAUAUAGAAGAUGAGCCCGAUUGUGGGUCAGAUGCUGAUGUUAUGUCUGAUGAUGGACCAUAUAUUCCUGGAAUUCCAUCAACAGAACCUUCAAGUGUCGUAAGACUUGAAACAAAUGCAACUACCAAAAGGAAAAGAAGGAGUGUAGUUUGGGAUGAGUUCACAAUCAUUGAUGGGCAGGGUUUUGAUGAUGGGAAGAAUCGAGCUGAAUGCAAAAGAUGUAAGCAAGUUUAUAGGGCUGAUAGUAAUAUUAAUGGAACUGGAAGCCUUAGGAGACAUAUUCUACAUUGCCCAAAAAGGGAAAACAAAGGAAACACAAGCACCCAAAUGAUUUUGGGUGUAAAUGAUGGGAAAGUGAUGUUAAGAGACCAAAAAGUUGACCAAGAUUUUGUGCGGGACAAAAUUACAAAGCUUAUUGUGAGACAUGAGUUACCUUUAGUUUUUGUUGAGUAUGAGGAGUUCAGAGAGUUAAUUACAUACCUUUUUCCGGGCUAUACCCAUAUUGCUCGAAACACACAAAUGUCAGAUAUUUUGAGGUUAUACAAUUUGGAGUCCAUUAGAAUCAGGAAUUUACUUAAUUCAUUUCCUGGGAGGAUUUCUUUGACAAGUGAUUUAUGGACAUCUAUCACUAAUGAUGGAUACAUUGCUUUGACUUCCCAUUACAUUGAUAAGGAUUGGGUGUUGCAUAAGAAGUUGUUGAAGUUUUGCAUCAUGCCACCUCCACACACUGGCAUCCAUAUUUGUGAAAUGGUUUCAAAAAUCUUGUCUGACUGGGGUAUUGAUCGGAAAUUGUUUUCAAUUACUUUAGAUAAUGCCACAGCUAAUUUCUGUUUUGUUGACUUGCUGAAGAAAAAUUUGAAUUUGAAGAAUGCUCUUUUAUGUAGAGGAUUACACUUUCAUAAUAGGUGUUGUGCACAUAUUCUCAAUCUUAUUGUACAAGAUGGACUGAAACACAUAGAUGACUCCGUGGUGUUGGUGCGAUCUAGUAUAGCCUAUGUGAAAGGAUCACAUGCAAGAAAAGUAAAAUUCUUGGAAAUUUGUAAGCAAUUGAGAUUACAAAGUAGUAAGGGCUUACGUGCUGAUGUCUCCACAAGGUGGAACUCAACCUAUCUCAUGCUUGAUUCUGCAUUAUUUUAUUGUAAAGCAUUUGAGAACCUUGGACUAGUGGAUGACAACUUUAAAACUUGUCCUAGUUCUGAACAAUGGUUGAAGAUUGAGAGAUUAACGAGUUUUUUGUAUCCCUUCUAUGCAAUUACUGUUUUGCUUUCUGGUUCCAAGUAUCCCACAGUAAAUUUAUAUUUUGAAAAUGUUUGGGAGAUUCACAAAAUUUUAUUAGAAGAGGUAUCACGUGGGCUCAACUUUAUGAAGCCAAUGGCAGUGGAAAUGAAGAAAAAAUUUGACAAAUAUUGGAGUGAAUAUAGUCCAAUUUUGGCCAUUGCUUUGGUGUUUGAUCCUCGAUAUAAACUUAGUUUUGUGACUUGGGCAUUUUCUAAGCUUUGCAAUCUGGACUUAAAUGCAUCUACAAUGUGCCACAAUGUGAGGAAUUCUUUAUAUCAAUUGUUUGAUGAGUACAAGAGUAUGCAACCAAGUGAUUAUGAUGUUCCUACACUUACCCAUCGUCCUGGGAGAUCUAGAACAAGAUUUGAAUUUAUGGUAUCCGAGCUUGCUGAGAUGGAUAAUGGAAAUAAAUCUCAAUUGGAUAUAUAUCUAGAUGAACCCAAGGUCCCAUUCAAUGAUAAUGAAUAUGAUGAGUAUGAUGUGUUGGCAUUCUGGAAAGCAAAUGGGUCAAGGUAUCCAGAUGUGGCUCGAAUGGCUCGUGAUGUCUUGGCUAUACCAGUUUCCACAGUUGCUUCAGAGUCGGCUUUUAGCGCAGGGGGCCGUGUUAUUGAUAAAUAUCGGAGCAAACUCCUACCUACCAAUGCUGAAGCAUUAAUAUGCCUUCGGGAUUGGAUGUUUGAUAUAGACUUCAGAGCUGAGCCUUUUGAUGAUCCCACUGAUGUGGAUAAUGCACUUGGAAAUAUACUGGAACUAUUGCACAUUGAAAAUGAGAGAGGUGCAGUAGCUAGUUCUUCAGCUGGUCCUACUCCUAGAGAAGGAUGAGCUCAAUGUGCCUGCAACAAGAGAAAGACCUUCCUAGGUGUUGAGAAAGCUUGUGGAUGAUGCAUCAAAGUUUUUGAAUGACAAAAUCACCAAAGCUGUGGUAACAGUGCCAUCAUACUUCAAUGAUUCCCAAAGUUGUGGUAAAGAAACUUGUCAAUGUACUAUCAUCUCUAACAGAGGUAUGGAAGCCAUCAAACCCAGACUCAGAGGACAUCUAUGGCAUCCAGAUGCAGUAUCAAGGCACUAGCAUCAAUGCCAAGAGAAGAAGAAUGGCGCACGGUUUCAUUAGUUUCAAAAUUCCAAGUUUCUUUAGAAAUUUUAGUCUUAGUGAGAAUUAUAUUCGUAGUAUAGUGUGGAAUUCUGUUUGAGUUUUGCUUUCAGUUUCUUUCCACUUCAAUCUUGUUUUGAAUUGGUUUUCUUUAUCUCAUCAAGUCCUAGUUAAUUAACAAUCUCCAAACAUAAUAAUAUAAUGGGGAAUUUUUAACUAGUUUUAAGUUAAAUAGUUAACUAGUUUUAAGUUAAAUAUAUUGGUUGUUUUUCAUUUUUCAAAUAUUAAUUGAAUUGUCAAAUAUUGGUUUUCAGCAGGUCAGCAGUUUGUUGUUUCCGAAUGGCU